AGCUCUGUCGGAAAGGAGAGGAAUCACAGCCACUUCAGAAAAGGGUUGGCAAGCUCAGGGCGUCCUCCCGCCUCAUCUCACCAUCUGUUUUUUUGCUUACUUGGAAACAGUGCAAAACACCAAAUAGUCAAAAAGUAAUGCAGUUUCGAUUUCGGUUUUACCUCAACCCGUAUUUGGCUGGCUGUCAUAUCCGGGCUGUUUUCAGAACCGUGGUUUCCCGCGGAGGUCGCCGGACCGAGCGGUGCGAGCGCGCCUGAGAACUCGUCCCUCGCUGCGGAGCCAGUGUCAGGGGCUUUUCUGAGUUGCAGGUCACCGUGGCAUCGGAAUCACCAUGGAGGGCCCCAUUUGUCUAGUGGAAAACGAGAAAGAGCAGCUGACCGUGAACCCCAAAGCCAUAAGGAUUCUUGACAGCAUAUCCCAGCCGGUGGUGGUGGUGGCCAUUGUAGGCAUAUAUCGCACUGGGAAAUCCUACCUCAUGAAUCGUCUUGCUGGUCAGAACCAUGGGUUUGCUCUGGGCUCCACAGUGCAAUCUAAAACCAAGGGCAUCUGGAUGUGGUGUGUGCCUCACCCCACCAAGCCAAACUGCACGCUGGUCCUUCUGGACACCGAAGGCCUGGGUGACGUGGAAAAGGGUGACUCUAAGAAUGACUCCUGGAUCUUCGCCCUGGCCGUGCUUCUGAGCAGCACCUUUAUCUACAACAGCAUGAGCACCAUCAGCCACCAGGCCCUGGAGCAGCUGCACUAUGUGACUGAAUUAACACAGCUGAUCAGGGCAAAAGCUGGCUCCAGACCUGAUGAAAUAGAGGACUCUGCAGAGUUUGUUAGUUUCUUUCCAGACUUUAUUUGGGCUGUUCGGGAUUUCAUACUAGAGCUGAAAUUAGACGAACGCCCCAUCACGGAAGAUGAGUAUCUGGAGAAUUCCCUGAAGCUGAUUCCAGGAAAAGAUCCCAAAAUUCAAAAUUCCAACUUGCCUAGAAAGUGUAUCAGGUAUUUCUUUCCAGUACGGAAGUGCUUUGUAUUUGACUGGCCUACAAAUGACAAAGAGCUAUUAUACAACAUUGAAAAUGUUCCAGAAAGCCAACUGGAAUGGAGUUUUCAGGUGCAAUCAAAAAAUUUCUGUUCCUAUAUUUUUACCAAUGGAAAGACCAAGACCCUGAGAGAAGGAAUCAUUGUCACUGGAAAUCGGCUGGGGGCUCUGGUAGAGACCUACGUGAAGGCCAUCAACAGUGGGGCAGUGCCCUGCUUGGAGAAUGCGGUGUCCACUCUCGCCCAGCGUGAGAACUCAGCAGCCGUGCAGAAGGCAGUUGACUGCUACAGUGAGCAGAUGGCCCAGAGAGUGCAGCUCCCCACAGACACGCUGCAGGAGCUGCUGGAUGUGCACGCAGCCUGUGAGAAGGAGGCCAUCACAGUCUUCAUGGAGCUGUCAUUCAAGGAUGAAAAUCAGGAAUUCCAGAAGCAGCUGGUGAGCACCAUGGAGAAAAAGAAGGAAGAUUUCUUGCUGCAGAACGAAGCAGCAUCUAUCAAAUACUGCCAGGAUAAACUGGAGCAGCUGUCAGCAUCACUGAUGGAAAACAUUUCAAGAGGAAUUUUCUCUGUUCCUGGAGGCCAUGGGCUGUACUUAGAAGCAAGGAGGGAGGUGGAGGAGGCCUACAGACAUGUGCCCAGGAAGGGCGUUAAGGCAAAUGAGGUCCUCCAGAGCUUCCUGCAGUCUCAGGCUACUGUAGAAAAAUCCAUUCUGCAGUCUGACAAAGCCCUGUCUGACGGAGAGAAGGCAAUAGCAGCUGAGAGGGCCAAGAAGGAGGCGGCUGAGAAGGAACAGGAGCUGCUAAGGCAGAAAAACAAGGAGCAACAGCAACUGAUGGAGGCCCAGGAGAGAAGCUUCCGAGAAAAUGUGGCUCAGCUAAAGGAGAAGAUGGAGAGGGAAAGGGAGAGCAUUCUGAGGGAGCAGGAAAGCAUGAUGGAGCACAAGCUGAAGGUCCAAAGAGAACUACUUAUGGAUGGUUUUAAAAAGGAUUCUGAAGCAUUAAAUAGAGAGAUACACCAACUCAGAGAAAAAAUUAAAGAGACUCAAAGCAAGAAAUCCAUCUUUUCUGAAAUCCUUGAUACAGUUGGUACUGUUUUCACAGCAGUGUUGCCUGGGGCUGGUAAAUUCAUUGGUUUAGGGAUGAAAUUUCUUGGCUCACAAAUAUAAUGUAGUGUGAGAGUUCCUGUCAUGGAAAUAAUAAAGUGAGACUUCUUUAAUUUUAA